CGAGUGUCACGUUCUCUUCACUGUGAAGCGUGAAAUUUGUACAAAAGCUAUUUUUAUUCCAUCUUAUAAAUGCCCUCCCUUCUCUUCAUUCAGCUCUGCCCCUUGCCAACAAGCAUUAACGAAGCCAACCUCUUCCGUUGAGAAGUGUAUAAAUCUUUGUCAUCCUCUUGUUUCAAAUGGGGUCGGUUGGCAAUGAAAUAACCCAUGAAUUUCGUUUCUUCCGGGUAUACAGAGAUGGUCGGAUCGAAAAAUUUAUCCCGACGCAUAAGAUCCCACCCUUCAACGACCCAAUUACUGGGGUCCAAUCCAAGGACGUAGUUAUUUCAAAUAAACCUCCCGUAUCCGCCCGGAUAUUCCUACCCCGGAUCAUUGACACUACGAGGAAACUUCCGGUACUCUUCUACAUCCAUGGCGGUGCCUUCUGCUUCGAGUCCGCCUUCUCUCCGAUGUACCACAAGCACGUUGCCUCCUUGGCUGCUAAAGCCAAUGCCAUUGCCGUCUCGGUUGAGUAUGGGCUUUUCCCGGAGCGGCCCCCACCCGCUUGUUAUGAGGACUCGUGGGCGGGGCUCCAAUGGAUCGCAUCUCAUGCGAAUGGAAACGGGCCGGAGCCAUGGUUGAAUGAACAUGCGGAUCUUAACCGGGUUUUCGUAGGUGGAGAUAGUGGGGGCGGGAACAUUUCUCACACGCUGGCCGUUCGGGUCGGAUCUAUAGGGCUACCGGGCUUGAAGGUUAUUGGGGCGAUUUUGGUGCACCCGUACUUUGGUGGCAUGGAGGAUGAUGAGAUGUGGUUGUAUAUGUUCCCAACGAGUGGUGGGUUGGAGGAUCCGAGGCUGAAACCGCCCGUAGAGGAUCUGAGUAGGCUGGGGUGCGAGAGGAUGCUGAUAUUUUUUGCUGAAAAUGACCAUUUGAGAGGCGUAGGCGGAUCCUAUUACGAGGAAUUGAAGAACAGCGGGUGGGGUGGGAGUGUGGAGGUUGUGGAGCAUCGAGGAGAGGAUCAUGUUUUCCAUCUUAUGAAGCCAGAUUCUGAAAAUGCCGUUGAUUUGCUCAACAAGUUUGCAUCCUUUAUCGUCCAAGUCUAAUUUGCAACAUGGAAACGAUGGAUCCCUCGGCAUAGAUUCCGUCAUGAUCCUACUACUACGUGUGUAUGCAGGACCGUGUUCGAAAGGUUGGCGUCCUAUCAUUUCAUGUCCACCUUCUUUAUCUGUUGGCCCUGAGCCUCCUUUCUCUUACCUUUACUCGUGAGCCGACUAUACUUUGGUUGCUAGGCCUCUCAGGAUAAGUUAAGCGCAGCACGAUGAGAAAUGUAAACCAUCCUUUCAUUGGUGAUUCUGUUCGCUCUAUACAGAUUAUGUGACAUUGCCUACAAUAAAAGGACAAUGAAUCACUCAAUGCCAUGUAAGAAGUGCACAGAUUGAAUUUGCUUUUGCGAUCCA